CGGUCAGUGCGCAGUAUUCUUUCUCUUCGGGUUUAUCGCUGGAGCCAGACGCGAUCACACGUCGCUCGCUGAGAAGUCGCGUUUUCAAAAUUUUAGCAUAGGAAAUUGAAUAGUGAUUUUGUAAAGCGGUUCUCCAGUUUGAAGGAAAAAACACAUUUUCCUGACGAUUUUUAAACUUCCGCAAAAAGUGAAGAGCAGUUUAUUUUUACGGAAUUAACCGCGUUGAGGGCUUGUUUUAAGUUCUAAGUACUCUCUAGUGGUAUAGUUGGUGCAAAAGUCCCAGCAAAUUAGCAAAAGUAAAAUGGCCGAUCAGGAUCAAGAGAUGAACGGAAACGGCCAGGAAUCGCUGGAUCAGAACGGUGGCGACCAGAAUGGAGCCGAGAGCAGCAACGUUCGCGAUGACGACAGAAAAUUAUUCGUUGGUGGACUUAGUUGGGAAACAUCAGACAAGGAACUGAAGGAACACUUUGGCCAGUACGGUGAAAUCGAGAGCAUAAACGUCAAGACAGACCCCAACACGGGCCGCUCGCGAGGAUUCGCCUUCAUCGUGUACAAGAGUGCGGACUCGAUCGACAAGGUGGUGGCCGCCGGCGACCAUGUCAUCAACAACAAGAAAGUCGACCCCAAAAAGGCGAAGGCACGCCACGGCAAAAUCUUCGUCGGUGGACUGACCACAGAGAUCAGCGACGAGGAAAUCAAGACCUUCUUCGGACAGUUUGGCAAUAUCGUUGAGGUCGAGAUGCCAUUCGACAAGCAGAAGAACCAACGCAAAGGUUUCUGCUUCAUCACGUUCGAUUCCGAGCAGGUGGUGAACGAACUGCUCAAGACGCCAAAGCAGACCAUCUCCGGCAAGGAGGUGGACGUGAAGAAGGCCACUCCCAAGCCCGACAACAUGCACAUGGGUGGCCCGAUGGGUGGUCGCGGUGGCAUGCGGGGACCACCACGAGGUGGCAUGCGGGGUGGACGCGGGGGACCGGGAGGACCCAAAGGCUACGGACAAGGCUGGGGCGGACAGGGCUACGGCGGCGGCUACGGCAACCAGGGCGGAUAUGGAUACGGUGACUAUUAUGGCGAUUGGGCGGGAUGGGGCUACAACGGUUAUGAUUACUCCCACUACGACGACUACUAUGGAGGCUACAACGACGGCUACGGCAACAGCGGUGGUCGACCUGGUGGCCCCCGCGGGGGCAAAGGUGCCGGUGGUGGCGGCGGUGGCGGCUAUCAGGGUGGAAAGCAGCGAGGCGGAGGCGGUGGCAACCGCCAGCCAAGGCACACACCGUACUAAACAAUCGCGAGACAGUGGAUAUACCGUGUCCUUUUCCAACUUUUAAUUACUAUAGAUUAGUAGUUUAGCGCCCUCCAAAAAAAAAACACAGAAACAGCCUGUUUACUAGCAAGAUAAGUCCCCCCAUAAUAAUUCCUAUUCGAGAUCCAUGAAGACAGCGAGAGCGAUCGAUCGAGUAUGCAAGAGCAUAGGUGGAGCGUGUGAUUGAACUGAAUAAAAAACCGGCCGAAGGAUUGAAUUCUUCCGCCACACACAUUCACACACCGAGUACACACUAGAGGAGGAGCAGGAAGAUAGUGGCAACAAUUGCCCUCCUUCCAGGGUAAUAUUGGUUUCAUCCCUGAGGGAGAAUGAUGCCAAUCGAGGAGAACGUCCCAUUUCCAUCAUUUUCAUCUCAUGUUUACGGUACUUUUCCAGUAGUAAGGCACAUACCGAAAAUAUAGAACCAGUAUAUUACUUAAGUCUCAUUUUUGAAUAAACAACAAAAUAUUAGAGAUUAAUUUGGUGUCAUUUUUCAGUUUUUUGAAUAAAAUGAACAAAGAUAAUACAAUUACAAAAUAGACUUAAUGUUCAUUCUCAUAGAACAAACUCUACUGCAUUGCGAAAGUUGCAUAGGAACAAGAUGCAGUAUUACAUUUUAUGUGUGUACCUCAUGAAAUUUCUGAAGGCAAAAGUACGAAUAAAAAACAUUUUAAACAUG